AAGCUGUCUUUAAUAAAUAGGGAAUGAAAAGAAGAUGUGCAAAGCAUCAGUUUGAUCUGCAGAAACCAAAAUGGCAGAAGUGAAACUAUUUGGGAUGUGGGCUAGUCCUUUCAGUCACGCAAUAGAACUCGCCCUCAAGCUGAAAGGUGUACAGUAUGAGUACAUAGAAGAAGAUCUCUCCAGCAAGAGUCCUCUGCUCCUCCAAUACAACCCAGUUCACAAGAAGAUUCCUGUGCUCGUACACAAUGGAAAACCCAUUGCAGAAUCACUAGUCAUCCUUGAGUACAUCGACGAAACCUGGAAAAACAAUCCUUUAUUGCCGAACGAUCCUUAUCACAGGGCUAUAGCUCGAUUCUGGACUAAAUUUGUACAUGAACAGAUCUUACAGACAGCUCUAAAGACCAUUACUGCACAAGGGACAGAGCAAGAGCAGAUGAUUGAAGAAGUGUAUCAAAAGCUUAAUUUUCUGGAGAAUGAGCUGAAGGGAAAGGACUUGUUUGGAGGUGAGAGUAUUGGAUACCUAGACAUCGUGGUAUUUUUUAUAGCCCGUGCCUUUCAAGUCAAUCAAGAAGUUACGCAAGUGAAAUUGAUAAGCUCAGAGAAAUUUCCAGCUAUAUGCAAAUGGAUAGAAAAGCUACUCAAAAUAGAUGUGAUGAAUGAAUGCCUUCCUCCAAGAGAGAAACACAUUGCUUUCAUUAGAGCCCGUCUAGAGGCUGCAAAAUCAUCUUCCAAUUAAAAUAAUCUCCAUGAUUGUUACCAUCUCCUGCAUUACUAUUCAUAUACAACGGGUUGGAAUAAAAGAGUGUUAUAAUUUUUCCU